UGUACGCGCGGCGUGGCUCAUCAGCGCGCUCCGACGUGACGGCUAUGCGCGGGAAUGCUGGACGCCGACCACCGCGCAGCUGACGGCGGCGGCAGACGCGAAGCUGAAGGCGAUGGCGAAGACGUGGCUUCGGCCGCCAGCUCGGACGCGGCAGGGACGGCGGCUGCCGCUCGGACCGAGGCAGCCGUCGAAGAUUGCAGCGACAGCGACAGUGACAGCUUCAGCUGGACCAGCUCCGUGGCCGGCGAGUGCCUGGCGGACGAUGCGGUGUCAGCGAACGCGCUCGCGGCGGUGGGGGUGGACCAGGGGGGCGUGGUCCCGUUCGGGCUGGCAGACCCGCGCCGCCACCUGAGUCCCGGCCCCACCUUCGGCAACGUUGCCGUCGCCAACUCUACCGACGUCCAGUUCGGUAACAAGACGUUCUUCAACGGGCCCGUCACUAUCAAACAGGUGGUAUACGCCAAGGAUGUGGAGGGCGCCGCUGCCACGGCCGUGCCCGCCGCCGGCACGGGCGCUAGCGUCGCGCACGUCGACCCCUCCGCCCCCGACAAGACCGCCGUCGUCGCCGAAGGCGUCCGCCUCAAGGUGCUGCAGCCCAUCGUCGCCAACGGCAAGGCGUCGCGCGCCAACGCCCUGCCGUGGCCUCCACGGCAGUUUCCUCGCCGUCUCGCCGCCGCCGCAGCCGCCGCCGCAGCCGUCUCGCCGCCGCUCCCGCCUCAGUCCACUCGCCGCCUCCGUCUUCGUCAACGCCGCCGCCAUCACCUGCUGUCGUCAGCACCACGUCACUGGUGUCCCCUGCCUUCUCGGCGACACUUCGCCACCGGUGAAGGAGAGGGCGUCCGCCGGAGCUGGUGGCGCCGCCUGUGGAAGACGACCAGGGAGCGCAACAUGGCGCUGUGCGGCGCGGCAGCAGCGCUCCUGUUGGUGGGGGGCAUCAUGAGCGUGAGCAGCGCGCUCAUCAGGGACUUCCACAGGGCUUCGUACAAGCCCAGCGUGCCCGAGCUGCCCAAGCCCUGGGAGACAGCCGACACGAACGUGACGCUGAGCGGCAAGCUGUACAUCGUCCCUCGUCGUGACUGGCUGGCUAUGCCGCGGCUGGACCCCCCGGACUAUCUCCAUCCGCCGGUUCCCUACGUCAUCAUCAGCCACUCGGCCACAGAGGGCUGCGACACGCAGGCCGCCUGCACGCAGAUGGUGCGCUUCAUCCAGACCUUCCACAUGGAGAGCCGGCACUGGUCCGACGUCGGCUACAACUUCAUGGUGGGCGGCGACGGAUACGCGUACGAAGGCCGCGGCUGGACUGUAAUCGGGGCGCACACCUACGGCUACAACAACCGCAGCAUCGGCCUCAACAUGAUCGGCACCUUCAUCAAAGUGCUACCCUCGGAAGCGCAGUUGGUCGCACUGCGCCAGCUCAUAGAGCUGGGCGUCCGGGAAGGCUACAUCGCCGAGAACUACAAGCUGCUGGCGCACCGGCAGCUGUCCGCCACCGAGAGCCCAGGCACCAGGUUGUUUGAGGAGCUGAAGACGUGGCCCCACUGGUCCCAAACCCCGUGAGCCUUCCUUCCACCUUGUGAAACAUUCGACUUUUUUUGAAGUUGGGCCCCUUAUCCUUGACACCACGAAACAGUUCUGAUGAACAUUAGAAAUCUUUGACGUCAGAGCCCAAGUCCUCUGAGGCGAAAAAUCAACUCUGGUGCAUAUUGGAUAUGACUGACGCCAGUUUCCAGUAACAUAAGUCCUGAUCUUUACUGAUCACCUUUUAUGAGGCCGUGUGGCAACAACGUCUAAACAGGCUAACUCAAAGGUGCAAGAGUCAAAUACAAUAACAUAGUAUAGACUAUGUACGUUCUUAUGCAGACUUCACAGCGAACUUAAUACCUUCUGCGCGAUCAGGCGUGUUCUUUUAGCCUUGUGCUGCUUCUAGAAACUUCAAGUUUUAUCCCUUAUUGAGCGAGAUUCUUCAUGAGUCUUUUUGUUGCUUCAGGUUGUUGAGAACUGUCGAAAGCCAGUGAGGAUAAUCUCCGGUGUUCUUCCUGAAGAAAUGGCAUUAAAAAUUCCCACGGCUCCGCCUUACAGACCAUGUUAACUGCUCAGUUAAUAGUGCGCUACCUACAACUCAAAUUUUCAUGUAUAGUCAUCGCUAUUAAUCAAGUGCCCAAAAAACAAUUAAAGAAGGUAGGAUGUCAAACGGGCCGACUUGGGGCAGGAGAGGCACCACAGGACAUUUUAAUUUCUACUGUCUAUACUUUUACUAAUAAAUUCAUAAAACUUUGUCGGCAUGACCAGGAAGGAUUGAGGACUCACACUCAUAGCACUGGAAGUUCAAAAACGUAGCAAAAUACCUUUCUUUUACAUGUGAAAUUUCAUCAUUUUUUCACUUACUACUGGCUGCAUUUGUUUCUGUAGGUACACUUUUCUUCCUGAGUAAGAGAGAUUCUUCGAUGAAUUUUGCACAGCAUACAAGCAGUACUUACUGGUGUAUGAAACUCUAGAAUUUUCCAAAUCUAUUAAAAACUAUGGUAAAAAUUGAGAUAAUUAACUAUAAAAUUUGAGUUUUUUCUAAACAUGAAGUUUAAAAUGUAACAGUUCAUUCAUUUUUUCAUAAAUUAAAUAAACUCUAGAGUUUCAUACACAUGUAACUAUAGAUUGUAUGCUGUGAAAAAGUCAUCGAAGAAUCUCUCUUACUCAGGAAGAAAAGUGUACCUAUAGCAAUAAAUGCAGCCAGUAGUAAGUGAAAAAAUGACGAGAUUUAACGUGUAAAAAAUGUAUUUUGUUACGUUUUUGAGCAUCCACUGCUAUUAGUUUGAAUCCUGAAUCCUUCCUUACAUGCUUUCAAAGUUUUAUGAAUUUAUUUGUAAAAGUAUAGACAGUGGAAAUUAAAAUGUCCUGUGGUGCCUCUCCUGCUCCAAGUCAGCCCGUUUGACGUCCUACCCCCCUGAAAUUGGCUUACCAGCGGUAUCCUGAGUAUUUGUACCCAGUAACAACUGGCUCACUCUGCUAGAGAAAUCAGAAGACCGCUGAAGAAGAUCCCAGAAAAGGGGUCGAAACACUGAUUCGUAGACAAAGUAAAAGGGAUUAAUGAUGCAGUCUCAUCAGCGACGAGAUUUCACUUCCAAUUGCCGCUUAAUUAUCACACUGAAUGCGCCAACUACGUCCACACUGCAAUAGUAUUUUGAGUGACGUUAGACCCUUCAAAUUCAGAGACUUAUUAGAUCACAAAUGCAAUGGACACUGUACCAAACGAAAACAAUAUCUAUUAUUCACUGCUGGUGCGUAAUCCAAAACCGCAAGAGCCGAAGUUUUACAUUUGGCAACAUACUUGGUACAUCACUUCAAGCAUGGUGUGGAAUGAGAAGGUAACUUUCGCAACACAGCUACGUAUUCAGCGCCCCCACUUCAUCAAAAUCAGCAAACUUAAAAGGGUAGGCCUACUCGCUUUACCAGCAUUAUGAGCAAUGUACGUUAAAACAGAUUUGUUGUUCACUAAAGGGGCCGAAACAAAACAUCAUCCAAAGAUUUAUACGUGAUUGCUAUACCAACCAAUUUCGCGGCAGCCGCAGUCUGUCCUGCAGUACAUUCCAAAUACUGCAGCUAAACUGUAAUCCGACAGCAACUAAACGUGAAACACAGAGAAAGGGCCUUGAACAUUUCUAAAUGAUGUCCCAUAUGUGAUAUAUAAAUACCUCGGUCUGUGUUUGAGGUACAAAAGAAUCAUCGCAAACUCGUUCAUUUCCUCAGUGGUGGACGAAUCGCGAUUUUUCAGUGGGCGAUUCCGAUAUAAUUAGAGAAUGUACAUGAAUCUCAUCCAUAAAAUGGCGCACAUAGUGUGCUUUCAUAGCCGAGAUCUACAAACAUUCUUUUAUAGAUUUUUCUCAGAAAAAUACAAUACUUUAUUCACUUAUUCGAUUUAUACGUCUUCCCUAAUUACAGAUAUGUAAAAUAAGAAGGGAAGAGACGAGAGUGUAAGUUCAUGUAAACAAAUAACAUAUGAAAGAUGAUUAGAAAUAUAAUUUCUGAUCAUAUUUCUAAAUGUAAUUGUACAUUGCAGUGUUUCACAAUAAAACAUGAUGCUUUAUACAA